ACUCAAAAGCAAGCCUGGCUAGAAGAAGAACAAGAAGAAGAAGAACACCAAGGAAUAACGUUCUGCCUACCACAGAAGAUCUACUGUAAGCAGGCCAGUGACACUUCGAAAAGAAAAGAAAAGAAAAGAUAACAGAAGACAGGGAAAAACCUCUACCAAUAUUUGGGGAGUAAUAUUCAUCGUCAAAGAUAGAUCAACAACAGCAACAGUAAGGAAACAUGGCACUGUCUGCCUUCGAGAGCAUUUUCAAGGAUGACCCCUUCUUCGAGCAGGCCAGCUUCGUGUGGCCCCUGCAGCGUACGCCGCUCACCAGCCGUCUGAUGCAGGACGGCCGCAGCCUGAGGGAGGACUUCUUCAACCGCCGAGCGCACCUGGUGCGCAGCCUGAGCAACCAGAUGAGCAGCGGCGGUGGCGGCGGCGGUGGCCGCGGUGGUGCCAGCAGUGCCAGCAGCCUCCUGGGGGAGCUGUGCCAAGGCCUCCCCCUCCCCACCGAACUCCUCCACAGCCUGGAUCAGCUGCAGCUGCGCGCCCGCUCCUCCUCACCCGCCUCCUCCAUCGCCUCCAAUGCCUCCGGAUCUGGAUCUCCUGCCCCAGCAUCCCCUGCUCCGUCUACUCCCACACCUUCCCACGCUUCCCCGAGCCCUAGCAGCAGCAGCAGCAUGGGCAUGGUGUCCAUGCCCGCCGCCUCCUGCACCGCGCUCCAGCCGGCGUUCGACCGCGACUCCACGCUGACCCUCAACGCCCAGGGCUUCACCCCCGACGACAUCCGGGUGACGGUGUCCGGCCGGCAGCUGGAGGUCAUGGCCACCAAGCGGGCGGAGUCGGCCGACUCGGCCAGCAUGUCCAACGGCAACGUGCACUGCGCCAGUGCCUCGUCUUCGCGCCGGCAGCAGGGCUUCAUCCAGCGUGUGACCCUGCCCGAGGGCGUGCAGGCCGACGACAUCUCCUGCUCGCUGGGCGAGGACGGCAUGCUGCGGAUCCAGACCAAGCCCAGAGGAGACUACGACGCCUGGUCCAACGCCUCCACCUCGCUGCCACCCACGCCAACACCAACCUCCACGCCAACACCACCCACACCAACACCACCAACACCAACACCUUUCGGGAUGGAGAAGAAUGCGUCUUUCAAACUGGAGGAUGCGCUGGGGAAGGCCAGGAUGCAGCAACAGCAGCAGGAGGAGGACGCGCCUAUGAGGUACAGGACCUCUCUGGACUUCCCCAUCACCAAUAGCUCGUCCUCUCCUCCAACUGUGGAGACCACUUUCAGGAAGUCCAACUAAGAAGACACAUGAGGAUUUGGAUCAGAGAGACUGGAUAGAAUCUCUGAGUGGAUUGAUACAGCGAAAGAGAUGAUGUUUAUACGUACCUUACAGUACACAUGAUUGAAUUCCACUUUUGGGUGUUUUGCUUGUUCUUCUGCAAAUGUGUUAUUUGUUUUUAUAUAAUAAAUUAUUAAA